CGCCCUGCGCUAGUACAGUGUGCAUGCACGCCCCGUCACGUCUAGAGAAGGAGGAGGAGGAGGAGGAUGAUAACGAAAGAUGGCGACUUCGAACAACCCUCGGAAAUUUAGUGAGAAAAUUGCUUUGCACAAUCAGAAGCAAGCAGAGGAGACGGCGGCCUUUGAGGAGGUGAUGAAGGACCUCAGCAUCACCAGAGCAGCAAGAUUACAGCUACAGAAGACACAGUAUUUGCAGUUGGGUCAGACCAGAGGUCAAUACUAUGGCGGAUCCCUGCCAAAUGUGAACCAAAUCGGUAACAGUGCUAUUGACCUUCCUUUUCAAACGCCGUUUCAGCCAUCUGGAUUGGACACAAGUAGAACAACACGACAUCAUGGACUUGUGGACAGAGUAUAUCGAGAUCGAAGCAGACUUGGAUCACCUCAUAGACGUCCAUUAUCUGUAGACAAACAUGGACGACAAGUUGAUAGUUGCCCUUAUGGGUCUGUAUACCUCUCACCGCCACCUGAUACAAGUUGGAGAAGGACAAACUCCGAUUCAGCUUUGCAUCAGAGUACAAUGACACCCAGCCCACCCGAAACCUUUACUGCGGGAUCACAAGAUAUGCAACAAAAGAGGGUUUUAUUGGUAGUUCCUGGAAUGGAAGAGGAAACAACUGAAGCAGACAAAAAUCUUGCUAAACAGUUAUGGGACACUAAAAAGACAUCAUCAAGACCUAAGUCCUGUGAAGUUCCAGGAAUUAAUAUUUUUCCAUCAGCUGAGCAGGAAACCACGUCGUUGAUCCCAGCUACACACAACACUGGAGGAUCACUCCCUGACUUGACAAACAUUCACUUCCCCCCACCACUGCAGACCCCACUGGAUCCAGAAGAGCCCGCAUUUCCUGCAUUAAGCAGUUCUAACAGCACUGGGAACCUCACAACAAACUUGAACCACCUUGGUAUCAACACUGUCAGCCAGGGCAUUACAACAACGCAACCAACAGUCACAGGAUCACCUCAACGCCCGCAGACAUCUCUUGCACAGUUGCCACUUAAUCUUAAUGAAUCCAGGAGGCAACAACCCCAGCAACUCUCCCCAACACUCCCUCCGCUUUCUCCUAUUACACAGGCUUUGGCUAUGGAUGCUUUGGCACUGGAACAGCAGCUCCCACCUUACACCUUCUUUACCCAACCAGCACCACAAGUGCAGUUAGUAAGCAGCUUGUCACAAAACAGCACACUGCAGCAGAGUACAGCACUUCAGCGAGGGGUACAGCUUCCUCCACUCUCUGUCACUGUCCCAUCUACAAUUCCUCAGUCUCCCCCAGGCAAUCAGAAUCCUCCAUCCAUGGGGAUUGAUAUCAACUCGGCUUCUCUCCAGCAGUACCGCAGUAAUGCUGGAUCCCCAGCCAACCAGUCUCCCACUUCUCCUGUCUCCAAUCAAGGCUUCUCUCCAGGCAGCUCCCCUCAACAUUCUUCCAUUUUGGGGAGCGUAUUUGGUGAUGCCUAUUAUGAUCAGCAGCUGACUAGUAGGCAGACAAAUGCACUUUCUCACCAGCUGGAACAGUUUAAUAUGAUAGAGAACCCCAUCAGUACCCAUAACCUAUACAGCCAUUGCUCAACACUUAAUUAUUCGCAAGCAGCAAUGAUGGGACUAACGGGGAGUCAUGGCAGUUUACAGGACUCUCAGCAGCUGAAUUACUCCAGUCAUGGAAACAUCCCAAACAUCAUCCUUACAGUUACAGGAGAAUCGCCUCCAAGCCUUUCCAAGGAAUUGUCCAGCACUCUUGCAGGAGUUGGGGAUGUCAGUUUUGAUGCAGAUUCACAGUUUCCUUUGGACGAACUGAAAAUCGAUCCUUUAACACUAGAUGGACUGCAUAUGCUCAAUGACCCAGACAUGGUACUUACUGACCCUGCAACAGAGGACACUUUCAGAAUGGACCGGCUUUAGGGAACAUGCCAGGAAUCAGAGAAGUUCUUUCUGAAUCCAGAUGAACUAAGCACUCAAACCAAUGGGUCGUCCUUUUUAGAUGCAGACUAUUUCUGAGUGGUAGCUCUGUCAUAUAUGAAGAGUUAAGCUUGUCAUACUCAGCUUGCAAAUGCUGCAUACCGUGACUGCGCUAUAUUUUAGUGCUUGCUACCCAUUUCUUUGUUCUGAUUUGACCAGUAUGGUUUUACAUCUUCAUUCAUGCCUCUCAUCUUUUCUGUAGCUGCUGGCAUGCCACUUCUGUUAUCCAGGAUCCAUGCUCCUAUAUGGAAGAGCACUGCCCAUGCACCUUUGACAUUUUCUUUGAGAACAUUUUUUUUUUUGUAAUCCAGUACAUUUCUUCAGAAGACUUUGUUUCAUGAAGACUGCUGUUUCUGUUUUUGAUUCAUUUUUUCCACCAUAAAGACUGGUUCUUCCCAGAUCAUUAACUUUUCCCCUACUUUUGUCCAGUGCUAGGUUGAGAGGUAUACUCCAUUCUCUUUCUGAGAUUCAUCAUCAUGUUUUGCACUAUAUGUAAUUUUUGUGGAUUGGUGCCACAAAGUAAGGGAAUAUAAGAAAAACUUCUUACCAUAGGCAUUGCUGUUUGUCCUGCAGAUUUUCUUGGAAGAGGUUCUUGUCCAUCAAACAGACAUGAAAGCAACGCUAAAAAAAUAUUCUAAAAUGUGGAGGGAAAGAGUCACUGGGCAUGAAACCUUUGUUUGCAUCAUCAAAAUUCAAGUCACACAAUCUGUAUGAACAUACGAGUGAAUGUAACAUUGUGGUGCUCAUUAUUACUAAAACAGAAAACAAUGUAUAAACUUUCAUCCUGAAAGUGUACCUACUUGAUUUCUUUCCAAGUUCUGGUAUUAUUGAUAUUAAACUAAUUUCAGCAGAAACAAAAGUGGAAACUCCACAAGCAGUUCUUGAACUCCCAGGAGUAUGCAAACUUUAUCCCUUUAUCUUAAAGAGCAACAAAUCAACUGUUUUGCUAUUAAAAGUAAAGCUGUGUGCAAGAUAUUUAAAAAAAAUCCUUAAUUGAAUUUUGUUGAUUAAAACCUGAAUUGUUUUGUUUUGCUUGUGAUGAGCCCUCCCUUUCAUUGCUGUUGAUGGGUCAUGCUUCUCCUCUUUCAGAAACUUUGCUCUGGUUUUUCUUCGACAGAUUAACAACUCAUUGCAUUUGGCAUCUUGUGCAUUUGCUGUUUGUUUUUAUUUAUUUACUUACUUAAUGUAUUUUAAGUGGUUACAUCCACUUGCAUCCACUGCCUGUUUUCUUUACUUCUAAUACAAGAAUUGUUUGUAUUUUGUUGUUCUCCUUGCCAAAUACAGGUUGGAUUUUUAUCAUUAUUUGUUAAUGGUCAACACUAGUCAGGUUUUUGUAUUCCCAAACUGACUUAAGUACUAUAGGGUUUGUUUAACAGGAUGGUGAAAAGAUCCUUUAAAAUAGCUACAGAGUUGCAUAUUCCUAGGCAGACCUAUGUAUUGCACUUAAGUAUAUAUGGAUUUAGAUGUCUUUUAAAAGACAUUUGCAUUCAAGUUCUGGUUCUUUUUAUGAGGUGAAUCCAGCAAAAUGUGAGGUCUUAACAAAGAUCUGCAGUGAACUAGGGCCAUAAAUGUCUGUUCAGCUUUCAUUACCCUGAUGUGAAAACUUCUCAGACACCAUAAGAAAAUGUAUUUUCAUUUGCCAUGCUGAAUUAUCAAGUUUAUGUGCACUUGUUCCGUAAUGAUUGCAGUAAUGUUUUGGAAAAAAUGCUGUCACUGUUUUUCAACAGACUUAUAGUCUGUGAUAUUUAAGUUUAAUUUAUUUUAUUGUUUGACACAGAACAAUCUUUUCUCAGCUUGAAUGGCUUAUCAGUCUUAGAUUUAUAGCUUAAACAUUUAAUAGAUUAUGGCCAAUUACAGAAUAAUGUUGCUGACUUUUUCCAAACCGUUUGCUGUAUCAUUUGCAGUAGGCUUGCAUAACUGGGAAGAUGGUGAGGGUAGCGUUCUUUUGAGGAAAAGUGCCAAGGGCUGAAUGGGUGGAUUUUGAGAGGAGAGUUAACUAAUUAAUUUAAAAAAAAUCAAGAAGAAAGUGCACAUUUUUAUAUUAUUCUUUUUCAGUUGCAAGUUAUGAAAACUUGCCAAGAUAGUCUGUAUUUUGGGAGUCAGUGUUGAAGUGCCUGUUUUCACAUAUGUAGGAGAACUCUGGAGAAAAAAUGAAGAAAGAGACAACCGCAUACUGUAAGAGUGGAAAUAACAGAAUAGCAACGGUUCUGAUUCUGUAUUAUACAUACUUAGCAAAUUUUCAUUACAUUCCUGAAACAUGUUCCCAAUUACCUCUACAUUUCCUAUCACGCAGCCAGCAUUUGAUAUCUACAAAGAAAAAUACUCUGAAAUCUGCUUGUGGUAUAAAAAUACUAAACCAAGAAGAAACUUUGCAGUGAGGAGGGUAUGAUAUUCACUUAAUUCACUUAAUAAAAAUCGAACUGUAAAAUACGUGCUACAAAAUAGUCAAGUAGAAAAUAGUAGGUAGUCCACAGCCUGAGUUAAAAAUAGAAUAUCCUUUAUUGAAACAUCAUUUAUUAAAACCACCUAUGCAGACAUUCAAAGCAAAAAUACUAAACCCUUCUGUACUUUUAGUGCUUGUAAGCCGUACAGAUGUCCUGCCAUUAUUCCUUAGUAAAUUGCCUUUCUAGUCUUUCUUCCAAUGUCUUCUAACCUCAUCUGAUUUAUUCUUACACUUGUCAUGCAAUAUUUUGUAUGCCCUUAUGUUCCCUUUUUAACAGCAGCUUUUGCUCUAAAUUUAACUGAAAAUUGUGCAGGAGCUGGUCUUUCAUUUAAGUACUCUCCGUCCCUUUCUUUUUGUGCAUACGUUGUUAUUCCCUGGAUGGGAAGGCAGUCUCUAACUUGCAUUCCAAACGUCUGCUUGGCCUCACUCUACUCGACUGUCUUUCCCUCUCUAGUUGUUUAGUAACUUGGUUCCAUUGCCAGUUUUCUCCAGUAAAUUCCAGCCCCCCCCCUUAUCUUUUUACCCCUAUUUGCAGUCAUCCUUGUUGACAAGCACUCAUUUCUACAUUCCCAUGUUAUCUUGGUUCUUAGAGUACUUUGUUAGUUUAAUAAUGUAAUAUUCUGUAGAGUGGUGUUGGUUCUCCUUAAGGACCUGCAUUCAGAAUCCUACUCUGCCAUUGUUUUUCUACACUCCCCCCUUUCAUGUUCUAAUUUAAAACUUGAGUAAGAGAGUUCACAAUGACAGCCUUGGCAAGGAAGCCUUUUUGCAUUCAUUUUUUGGAGCAGAAUAUGGUACUCUGCUUCAGAGAGUCAGCAGAACUCCAAUGUAGAAUUGCUGCUGAAAUGCCUCUAAGAUGUAGUGCAGCAGGGCAAAGCUGGGCUUGGGGAUUCAAAUUUAUUGAGUGUAUUGGUCCAUAAACCAAGUAAAGCCAUUGGAAGAGAGGAGGUUCUGUUGAACACCUGUCCCAAGAAGAUUCUGACUGUCUAGUUUGUACCAGCUGUUGUAAUGCCACUGUUAGAUUUUGAUUUUAAAAAAAGAGGCUCUCAAGACACAGAACAUAUAUUUAAAUGUCUGCUGAUAGACGGUAAUUAAAAAAAAACUGAUAAAAGAUUAUCUGCAUGCUAAGGUAAAAGAGGCUGGCAAGCUGUAUGUUGUUCAGCCCUAAUAUAGAAGCAACCACUUGAAAAUGUAUAAAAUGAACAGUAUUUUAUUUUCUCUGCAUGCAGCUGUACCCAGUAGUUUAUGAAGUUAUAUGUUUAACAGAUUGUGUGUUAUAUAUCGGUUGAGUAAACACAGAUAAUGAUAUUGAGUUGUAUUACUUUCUAUCCCUCGAACAAGAAUCAGUUUUUCUACUGCUGAAACAAAAAUCCACUUACCUGUUUAUACAUUGUGGUCCUUCUGUUCUCAGAGCCAUUUGAGACUUUUUGGUUAGGAUGUUUUUUAUCUGUUAAGAUGCAUCUUAGUGUUGGCAUCUAUUAAAUCAGUGUUGUCAGUGAAUUGGUAUGGCAGUGGUGUUGGUAGGGGUGGGGUGAAAGGGGUUGCUGCCCUUAGUGCAUGAUGGCAGGGGGCAUGAUCAGGAGAUGUGUAGUGCAGUACCAGAAACAAAUUUUGAUAUCGCUUUUGUGAACAGAACUGCAUACUGAGUCAAUUCACCUCUUCUAUGGCAUAUGUUGUAGCAAGCUGCUUGCUACAGUUUCAACCAUUUUUCUCCUAAGAGCACAGCAUGGAAAAUGGACCUGUCUGGCUCCUGAUGUUAGGAUCAUCAUCCACAUUGGAACGGACCUUUACUUUUUGCUCCUCAACUUGUGCUGAGAAGCAUCAGAUCAGGGAAUGUUACUGGGCAGUAGAUGAGCCAGCUAGGGGCUCUGUUGCAUUGUAUACUGUUUUGGCCUCCUUUGUUCAUAAUGCAUUACUUUCUGCCAGCAGGUCAAGACCUCUCCCUUCCAUAACAUUCAGUUUGCUGAAAUGUAAGUCUUUUAUCACCUUCUAACACUGAAACUGUGAAAUUUUCCUGCCUUACUAAUAAAUAAAAAAAAAAAAAUUACUGGUUUGGGAAUAUAAAAACCAUGAAUACAUUAA